AUGAGGACUUGCGGGCACAGCCUUCGAGUAAAUGGAAGAUCUUUUCGAACGGAGCAGGCCAUCGUCCCUGCCUGUUUCAAGAGGGCCAACAUCAUCCCUGUGCCUCAGAAGACUCAUGCAACACAACACAAUGACUACCGCCCAGCUGCGCUAACUUCGCUGGUCAUGAAUUGCUUUGAAAAGCUGGUCAUGCAUUUCCACACGGGGGAGAGGUCAUUCAGCUGUCCAGAGUGUGGGAAAGUUUUUAGCAAUUCCUCUGACCUGUUGUCCCACCGGUGGGUCCACACCAGGGAAAGGCCAUUCAGUUGCCCAAACUGCGGAAAGGGGUUCACCUGCUGCUCCAAACUGCUGGCCCACCAAUGGGUCCACACCGGGGAGAGGCCGUUUGCCUGCCUCGACUGCGGGCGGAGGUUCACAUUGUCCUGCAACUUGCAGAGGCACCAGCAGGGGCACAAGUGCAUCCAACAAUCAGAUUCCACCAGUGACGCUUCUGUGGGUCAUCCCCAGGACUGA